GCGUACAACGUCAUGAUCCGUCAUACGCACAACAUACAGUAGCAAUUUGAGAUAAAAACGUUUUUUAUGCACACUACCUCGUUUUAAGCAAACGAUGCGGUUAUUAAAUGUGUUUUCUAAAUCGAUUCUCAUUAUUCGUAUGCGUAAUGGAGCUGAAAACCAGUUUUGACACCGCCCACAAGUGUGAAAGUGAAACCAAACGUGAACUUGCGACAAAAUGCAACGAGAGAAGCUAAUGUUUUAAGAUGACCUCAGAGGCUCACCCCAUCUUUAGAACCUCAGCAGUGCAUUUCUGCCUGUUGUGCUGUGAUCUUGUCAUCUGGGCUUGUGUGUGGACGGCACUGCUGUGGCUGGAUGGAGAGGGCAGUCUGGAUCUAUGGUGCCUGUGGGCUCUCAGGGCCAUCACCUGUGUUGUGCUUUAUUCAUUGAGCACGAUUUUUGCUGACAGCAGCAUUCAGCCUCUCCUGAAGCGCUGGGUAGCCCUACUGAGCUUCCUACCUCCAGUGUUUGACAGUAUGCAGACAAUGUUGCACGGUACCGUGAGAGGCUUCACUCCUGUUCCUGAUCCUGGCAUGGUGAUCCUGAGCUUAGCUACAUCUACCCUCAUAUAUAUGGUGUGGGAGAUGGCCUUCCCACAUGGUGGAUCAUCUAAGGGUACCAGAAACCAGAAGAAAGAUGAAGAGGCCAAAGCACUCCUAAUGAGGGUCAUUCGAUACUCCAGGCCUGACUAUCUUCAUCUAGGGGCUGCAUUCCUCUUCCUCAGCCUGGCAGCACUGUUUGAGACAUUCAUCCCAUACUGCAUUGGCAAAGUUAUUGACAUAUUGAGUGGAAAGUACCAGCACACCAAUUUCUCAUGGGCUAUUGGACUCAUGGCACUGUGCUCACUUGGAAGUUCUAUGUUCGGUGGUAUGCGCGGCGGAAUGUUCAUGUGUAGCCUCAGCAGACUCAACAAAAGAAUACGACACAUGCUGUUCCAGAACCUCAUGAAGCAGGAGAUAAGCUUCUUUGAAGAAAACAAACCAGGUAGUCUCACAUCACGUUUGAUCUCUGACACUGAUAAAAUGGGACGCUCUGUGGCCAUGAAUGUGAAUGUGUUACUGCGGAGUUUGGUGAAGACAUGUGGCAUGCUGUUCUUUAUGCUGCGUCUAUCCUGGCAGUUAACCCUCCUCACCUGCAUCGAAAUGCCACUUCUUGCUUUUAUUCAGAAUUCAUACAACAACAUCUCCCAGACAAUAGCCAAAGAGCUUCAGGACUGUAAUGCAGAGACUACAGAGUUGGCAUCUUCUGUCAUUGGGUCAAUGAAGACUGUGCGCAGUUUUAAGGCAGAGCAUCAGGAGCAGCAGCGAUAUGAACAGACUCUCAACCGGAAGCUCCAGAUUCUGAGGCGUAAAGGCAUAUACAGUGCCAUCCAUCUCUUAAUACGCAGGUUCAUUACAGUAGGCUUGAAGGUAGCAAUGCUGUUCCAAGGCCGAAAUCUCAUCUCCUCUGGACAGCUAAGCAGCGGCAGCCUCCUUGCAUUUGUGUUCUAUCAGAAGGACAUGGUGACCAACAUGAAGCAUCUUGUAUAUAUCUACGGAGACAUGCUGAAUACUGUGGGAUCAGCAGUGAAGGUGUUCCAGCUGCUUGACAGGAAGCCACAGAUGAGAGAGGCAGGUGAUUUGGCCCCAGAGAAGGUUGAGGGAAGACUAACCUUUGAAAAGGUCACAUUUUCCUACCACUCCCGCCCUAAUGAAAAAGCACUUAAGUCUGUUACAUUGGAAUUGAGUCCAGGGAAGCUGACGGCAUUGGUAGGACCCUCUGGUGGUGGGAAGACCUCUUGUGUCUGCUUGCUGCAGAGGUUCUAUGAGCCACAGGAGGGUGAGGUGUUACUGGAUGAAGAACCUCUGCACCACUACCAACACCAGUACUUGCAUAAAAAGGUGGCAAUGGUAUCCCAGGAUCCUGUGCUUUUCUCUGGCUCUGUGAGAUAUAAUAUUGAAUACGGUUUAAAGGACUGUCCACUUGAAAGAGUAAAAGAAGCUGCUCAGAAAGCCAAUGCACACAACUUCAUAUGCAAAUUGGAACAAGGAUAUGACACAGAUGUUGGCGAGUGUGGUGGCCAGCUGUCCGCAGGGCAGAAGCAGUGCAUUGCCAUAGCCAGAGCUCUGAUAAGGAACCCACAGAUUCUCAUCUUGGAUGAGGCCACCAGCCACAUGGACUGCAGCACACAACAAGCUGUUCAAGAUGUACUCAAUAACAUAACGGAUCAGACAGUACUGGUGAUAGCUCAUCGUUUGGAGACUGUAGAGAAAGCAGACCACAUUAUCUUCAUGGAGGGAGGUGAAGUCGUGGAGCAGGGAACACACCAGCAGCUCAUGGCCAAAGAAGGAAGAUACUAUCGGCUCAGAGAAAAGCUUUUCAAUCUGGAGACACAACCAGCGGACUAAAGUAUCAAAUAUGUGGAUUUAUUUGACAAACUUUAGUACACACUCACAGACUGCAUUUACCCACAUUCUAUUGUGUUUUUUUCCUCUGUACUUUUCUCCAUACCUGAUUAUAUAGACAGUGUUUAAUUGA